CAGAGUUCCUCCAGGCUGAUGGACCCACACAAGAUGAGUGCGAGAGGAUGAAGAAAUGGAAGCGUGACUCAAACCUGGACUGGUCUUUCCUCCCCUGAUCCGCUCGCCAUCCUCCGUCAGGUCCUCAUGGAAGACUCCACCCCCCUGCCCUCCCCCUCUUCCCUCCCCGACUGCGACUACAGCGACUGGUGGCCGUCCUUGGCCAUCAUCCCGGCGGUCUACCUGCUGGCGUUCGUCGUGGGUUGCCUUGGCAACGGCUUGGUCCUGUGGGUCUACCUGGACCGAGCGGAGCGCAAGAGAGUGCCACCUACUGAGAGGAGCUCCAGAAAGUUCUGCCUCACCAGAAGAGACUCUUUUCCUCGGGGCGGCAGAUCCUCCACUGGGGCUCACUGCAGACCUUCAUCCUCCUCUUCCUCCUGUCUUCCAGCAUCGCCACGCCCCACUCGUUCUCUGACGGACUCUCUCAUAGCUAGCCUAGCGUUAGCGGACCUGUGCUUCCUGGUCACCCUCCCUUUGUGGGCCGUCUACACAGCCCUGGGCUACCACUGGCCGUUUGGCCAACCGCUGUGUCAGAUCAGCAGCUUCCUCACCGCACUCAACAUGUACGCCAGCGUGUUCAGUCUGAGCAUGCUCAGUGUGGAGCGUUACUGGGUGCUGACCGGACGCCGGUACUCUGGUCCCCCGGCGUCGCCGAGCCGACCCGGCAGAGCUUUCUGGAUCCUGGGCGGAGUUUGGCUUCUGGCUGGAGUGCUGGCACUUCCUGGCUUGCUUCUCCGCUCCGUCCAGGAGGUGGCGCUAGACAGUGACUAUGAUUGGCAGGAGGAGCGGGAGGACCCGCCAGGGUCGGGGUUCCUCUCCUGUCAGAUGGACUACUCCAUGCUGAUUUCGGCAGAUCUGGGCGAGUGGGACAGAGAGUGGGCGGAGCUGUGGUGGGGGGCCGCCCUGAGCAUCAAGUCCACCCUGAUCGGUUUCCUGCUUCCUCUCGUGGUUCUGUUGGCGUGCUACUGCUCGCUGGCCCGCCUCCUCAGCAAACACUUUGGCCGUGGGCCCCGACCCGACCGCCGCCGCCAGCGGAGGCUCCUCAGAGUGAUCGUGACGCUGGUGAUGGCCUUCUUCCUGUGCUGGCUGCCGCUGCACGUCAACAAGAGCGUGGCCCUGCUGCUGGAGCUGCACCUCCUGCCGUACUCCUGCUCCCUAGACCGCCUCCUCCUCGCCGCUCAGCCCUACGUCACCUGCCUGGCCUACCUCAACUCCUGCCUCAACCCGCUUCUCUAUGCUGCCUGCGAUGCCACCUUCAGGAAGAGGUGUCGAGGAGUGUUGCGCCACCUGCUGCGCAGGAGGAGCUGCAGGUCAGAGGAGAGGAAGGAGGAGCAAAGAGAGGUGGAGAAAGAGGAGAGGAGUGUCCACACGAGGACGAGAGAGGAGGCGGCAGAGCGGACCGAGGAGAGGACUGAGACCAUCACUGCAGACUGAACCUUCUAAAUGCGGUGUUUCAUUUUCAUACAUCUGAAUAAAGCUUUGAACGACUGAACACUGGGUCAAGAAAACAAGGGAAAUCAACAAAAAAGUGAAAGUUACAGUGGUGGAAAGAUGUUUGGAGACAACAAAUGCAUUAUACUGUGCACCAGUGGCAGGACUACUAAACAUGAAUAUUUAUUUUUUUGCGCUGUUUUGAACAUAUUCUGAUAUUUGUUGACUUUGAUCAUGACAAUGUUGAGA